AUGAAUGAAAAGGUGGCCAACUACGUAAAAGGCCUCGACCUUUCCUGUGGUAUCAUGUGGGCAUCUGCUGAAAAAUUAUUCUUUCCAUUUCGACUUAAGCCACUGUCAGGCCAAAUAUCUACGCAUUAUAUUUUUGGAAUUCUGGAGUUUAAAGAUAAAUCUAUUUAUAUGUAUGAUUCCAUGGGCGAUGUAACAUAUGAGCGUGCACUUGAACAUGUCAGAAAUUAUGCCCGGUUGAUCCCACACUGUCUCGAAUGCUUGGAAUUUGGUCAAAACAAUAAAAGUUAUGGGAAAAGUCAUGUGGAAAAAUUUCAAAUUAAGUGGAUGAACACACCGCUGCAGGAUAACAAUGUUGAUUGUGGUGUAUUUGCUCUUAAGUUCAUGGAUAUGCUGUUGAAGAAAGAAGAUGUCUUCAAGUUCGAUCAAAGUCAGACAUUGACAUUCAGGAGAGAAUUGGCUGCUAAUCUUUGGGCUCAUGGAAAGUGGAAGCAAGAUAGCGGUUAUAAAACUACAAAAGAGUGA